GUGAUGGAGGAAGGACCAGGUCUAGACCUGAUUAAACUCACCACAGAUAAACUCUCCAGCGAUGCCGUGUCGGGGUCGGUGACGUCGUCCUCCUGCGGAGCCGUUUCUUUAUUUAUCGGAACAACCAGAGACCAUUUCGAGGGAAAGAAGGUCAUUCAGCUGGAGUAUGAAGCCUAUGUGCCCAUGGCAGAGUCGGAGAUGAGGAAGAUCUGUGCUGAGGUGAGGAGAAGAUGGCCAACGGUCCGACACAUCUGCAUCCAUCACAGACUCGGCGUGGUUCCUGUUACUGAGGCCAGUGUGAUCAUAGGAGUCUCGUCUCCUCACCGCACAGAAUCUCUUGAGGCAGUGAAGUACGGAAUCAACGCUCUCAAAUCCACCGUCCCAAUCUGGAAAAAGGAGAUCUAUGAAUCCGAGGAGCCAUGCUGGAAAGAGAACAGCGAGUGUCUGUGGACAGGAAGUCGUUCCGAGGGGAAAACAAGUUGACCUUCAGACCUUUGUAAAAAAGCUUCGGGGCUUUUAUCCCUGAAUUGGGUCAUGAACUUACAGAUUUUGAUUGAGACAUGUGGCUUCUUUCAUUUGUAAUAGUUGAGCAAAUGACAACAAUAUUUGUGUAUUUAAGAGACGGUUAAAAUCUAAACUAUCUGAUCAGGGUCAGAACUGGAAAUGAGCAUUUGUGGAUAUAAUUUUGUAUUUGAUUGUAUAAAAUUUUAAAUGUAAAGCAGAAUGUAUAUAUGUGUAGCUUUUUAAUCUAUUUUCUCAAAAAAUGAUCAGCUGUCUGCAGAUUUGAAGUAAUAAAACACUGUAGUUAUUUCACUUAGUUAUUCCCCUAGUGGUCAUUUAUAGUAACUACAACCAAUAAAAUGGAAACUACAGGAUUAAAAAAUAUGAAAAAAAGAAUCCUAUUGGUGAAAUUUCAGCUAUUAAAAAGAAUCAUACAAACAUCAAAA